AACAAUAACAAUAAUAGAAGAAAACUAAACUCAAGUUAAGUGAAAAAACUAUACAGUUGCGUGAAUCAUGGAGAAGACGUCGACGAUGCUAUUUAUUUUCAAUGUCUGUAUAAUUUUUGGGAUUUUAGCACUAAGAAGAUGCAACGCAACGACAUACUUCGUCGGCGACACCUCCGGUUGGGACAUAAGCUCCGAUCUUGACUCUUGGACUUCAGGCAAGCGAUUCUCUGUUGGUGAUGUUCUAACGUUCCAAUACUCAUCGACGCAUAGUGUCUACGAAGUUGCAAAAGACAACUUCCAAAACUGCAACACUACGGAGCCGAUCCGUACCUUCACAAAUGGGAACACGACCGUCGCUCUGUCCAAACCGGGAGACCGGUUCUUUGUAUGCGGUAACCGGCUCCAUUGCUUCGCUGGUAUGAAGCUACAAGUCAAUGUCGAAGGCAAUGGCCCAUCUCCGGCCCCUGUGGGAGUUCCCCGAGCCGGCCCAGUAGGAAUUCUUCAACCAUCUUCUAAGAAGAAUAACCCUGCGACCGGGGUCGCUAGCUCAGCUGCACACUUUGGCGAUUGCGGUUGGAAGGGUAGUAUGGGGAUUUUUAUAUUCUAUCGUGUCUUCUCUUCCUCCCUCUCUCUCUCUCUCUCGAAAUUUCGCAUGAACAUACUCAACAGAUUCGGUUUGGGAUCAGGCGGGCAAACGAGUAUGGAUCCUUCUCCGAUCGCUCAGGGAAACGACGACGACGCUCCGGAGGCGGGAAAUCAGUUUGCCCAGUUCGGCGCUGGAUGCUUCUGGGGGGUCGAGCUGGCGUUUCAGAGAGUCCCGGGGGUGACUCAGACCGAGGUUGGAUACACCCAAGGGACCAUCCACAACCCUUCAUACGAGGAUGUCUGUUCGGGCAACACGGGCCAUUCCGAGGUUGUCAGGGUUCAGUAUGAUCCCAAGGACUGCAGCUACGAGUCUCUGCUUGAUUUGUUCUGGUCUCGACAUGAUCCCACCACCUUGAAUCGCCAGGGUAAUGAUGUGGGAACACAAUACCGAUCUGGAAUAUACUUCUACACGCCUGAGCAGGAGAAACUAGCACGCGAGUCACUGGAACGUCACCAGCAGCAAAUGGAGAGGAAGAUCAUGACUGAGAUCUUGCCGGCUAAGAAAUUCUACACAGCUGAGGAAUAUCAUCAGCAGUACCUGUCAAAGGGUGGGCGGUCCGGCCUCGGGCAGUCCGCUGCCAAAGGCUGCAACGACCCCAUCCGCUGCUACGGCUAA